AUGCUCAUUGUUGGUAGUAUCCGACGAUGUCGUAUAUUGGUUUUAUCAGUUUUAAUUUUUGGCUUUUUCGAACAUGCAUUACAGGGAACAGGUGGUCGAUGCAGCUUCUCUGGCAACGUUGUAACUGUUUUCGGUUGUACUGGAUUAUUGGGCAGGUUACUGAUAAAUAGACUUGCAAAAGAAGGUCAUCAAAUUAUUUUGCCAAGUCGACAAGAUCCAUAUUACACUCGACAACUAAGAGUACAUGGUGAACUUGGUCAAGUACUGCUAUUACCAUUUCAAUUAAAAGAUGAGGAAAGUAUUCGACAAGCUAUCAGAUACAGCAAUGUAGUUGUAAAUUUAAUUGGUGCAAGAUACGAAACAAAAAAUUAUUCAUUUGAAGAGACUCAUGUUGAAGGAGCUCGACGAAUCGCUCGGAUUGCCAAAGAAAUGGGAAUACAAAAAUUUAUUCACAUGUCGGCAAUGAAUGCUUCUAAGAAUACUCCACCGACACUAUUCAAUAAACCAUCACAAUUUCUUCGCACCAAAGGACUUGGCGAAGAAGUUGUCCGUGAAGAAUUCCCAAAUGCUACUAUCAUAAGACCAGGAAUGAUGUAUGGAGGGAAUUACGAUGCAUUUAUUAAUUAUUUUCUAGCAAUUCAGCGCAUUCCGCACAGAAGCCUGAUUUUCGUCUACAGGAAGGGCGAGCAUACAUACAAAAUGCCCAUCUGGGUUGGUGAUGUGUCAAAAGGUGUUGAGAGAACUAUCGUAGAUCCACAUGCUAUUGGUAAAACAUACGAAUUUGUUGGACCACACUGUUAUAAACUGUCUGAAUUAAUUGACUAUAUGUAUGAUCGAGCUCAUCUAUCAUCACGUUUCUUGCAUCGAAAUUAUCGUCGUCGGAAUUUAAAUUACUUAUAUAGGGCAUAUGUAGCCGCUGUUGAAUUACCAUUUAAGUUCUUCCGUAAUCCGUCACCACUUAGCAUAGAAUGGAUUCGAGUGGUUGAAUGUACAAGUGAUGUACUUACUGGAUGUCCAAUGUUAGAGGAUCUUGGGAUUACUCGGCUUGUUGAAUUCGAAUUAACAGGUGGUAAACACGCAUACUUCUGUGUGAAUCAUUACAACGAGCAAGAAAUCACUGAACCAUAUCCACUGCCACUUCGAUCACCACCUUUAUAUGCAAAUGUAAAGCCAAGUAAUGAUAUCGUAACUGAAUCGAAACCGUUUACCAUGAGUACCGGAUAA